CUCCGUUUAUACGUAUCGAGAGCGACAACCGCGAGGUAUUAUGGCAUCGGUUGCUUCUACGAUGUAUGAAUGUCUCACUCUAGGGAAUGUCCUACUACUUUUCCUUUUCAUACUGAUGCUCCAUUACCUGUUGGUGUUGUACGAGUUCAGGAAUAUGCCUCCGGGUCCGAGAUUGACGACCAUCCCAAUUCUGGGGAACAUAUUCUCCCUCGACUUCAAAGCAGAUUUACUCUCGGACGCUUUCAAAAGGUAAAUAAAUGGUGAAUCGCAGGGCUCAAGCGAUCUUAGGAAUUUUUCGAUGAAAGAACUAAAAGAACUGCGUACGAGCUAUGUCAAACUUGUCUACAGUAGUGCGAUUUAUUAUCUUUAGGGAGGUAUCGCUCUCUGAAAUGGGUCUGAAGCCUUAACUCAUUACUGCCCGGAUAGUUGUAACAAAACCGAUUACACAAUAACAACGUAGCGUGUCGAUUGUCUGGAUUGUAACAUAAAUCAGUAUCCUUUCAUAAAAUACGGCGAAAGAAAUUACGAAGAUGCAUAAGAAGAGUCACUAAUAUUUUUUGCAGUAAAGUAAUGGUUAAUACGAAGGCACAGUGGUCUUCAACUAGAAUUUGCAUUUUAGAUAAGUCCUAACACUAAGGGGUCAUUCCGCUUGAGUAGUUUUAGAUCCUCGUGCUUUUGUUUCCCUCUUUCUCUUUAAACAAAAACUAAGAGUUGUAAAGACCCUUGUUUUUGUAAAUGGCCGAUUUAGAUUUAAAAGCGAUUUGUAACCCUCCCGAGAGAGAAUGUGUGAUUUACCGAAAGACUAAAAAUAGCAAAAUAAUUGUGAUAAUUAGGACUACUUACUUUUUCACCAAACUUGACGUGUUUAUAAGAAAAUAGCAAUCAACUUCUCUCUCCAGCCUCGGUCAUGUAAGAAGCUCACCAAUUUUUUAAUGUGCACAGACGCAAAACAGGUGAAAUUUUAUCUCAGGGAAACAAGCCUCUGGUCUCUAGCAGCAGUUGUUUACUCUCAUUCUUAUUUAAAGAGGUCACGUAACGGAAGGAAUUAGGAAAGCGUGACGUCCAGGGAGAGAGUUGUAAAGACCCUUGUUUUUGUAAAUGGCCGAUUUAGAUUUAAAAGCGAUUUGUAACCCUCCCGAGAGAGAAUGUGUGAUUUACCGAAAGACUAAAAAUAGCAAAAUAAUUGUGAUAAUUAGGACUACUUACAGGGAGAGAGUUUUUUUUUCACCAAACUUGACGUGUUUACAAGAAAAUAGCGAUCAACUUCUCUCUCCAGCCUCGGUCAUGUAAGAAGCUCACCAAUUUUUUAAUGUGCACAGACGUAAAACAGGUGAAAUUUUAUCUCAUGGAAACAAGCAUCUGGUCUCUAGCAGCAGUUGUUUACUCCCAUUCUUAUUUAUAGAGGUCACGUAACGGAAGGAAUUAGGAAAGCGUGACGUCCAGGGAGAGAGUUGUAAAGACCCUUGUUUUUGUAAAUGGCCGAUUUAGAUUUAAAAGCGAUUUGUAACCCUCCCGAGAGAGAAUGUGUGAUUUACCGAAAGACUAAAAAUAGCAAAAUAAUUGUGAUAAUUAGGACUACUUACUUUUUCACCAAACUUGACGUGUUUACAAGAAAAUAGCGAUCAACUUCUCUCUCCAGCCUCGGUCAUGUAAGAAGCUCACCAAUUUUUUAAUGUGCACAGACGCAAAACAGGUGAAAUUUUAUCUCAUGGAAACAAGCCUCUGGUCUCUAGCAACAGUUGUUUACUCCCAUUCUUAUUUAUAGAGGUCACGUAACGGAAGGAAUUAGGAAAGCGUGACGUCCAGGGAUUAGAGUCAGUGUUGCGUAACGAGACUGAAAAACAGCCGCGGAAAACGCAAAAAAAAGAUAAGCUUUUUUUUCGUACGAUUAUCAAAACGAUGAGCUUUUUACGAUCGUCUCCCAUUCAACGUUCAUCAGUGGAUGAAGAAAGCAAACAGAUAUACCAUUUGGAUGGAUGAUCGAGUCUUCCUCGCCUUCAACAGCUGUAACUGUUUCCUUUCCUUCAUACCAUUGAUUGAUUUUCUUCACCUCACCACACAAUCCCUAAACGUGUUGUCCCUGUUCUCUCUUGCAGUCUCAGAAACAAGUACGGCAACGUUUUCUCCAUAAAAAUUGGAAGCUAUAAGUUCGUGAUGGCUUCAUCCUCCAAAGCUGUUCAGGAUAUGCUUGUUAAGAAAUCAGCUGACUAUGCGGGAAGACAACAAACAUAUUUCCUAGAAAAAUUUACGCUUGGUAAGCAAACUUUAUCUUUGAAAUCCCCUAAGGCUAAUUCCAAUUAUUUUGAAUUUAUAGCAUCAUAGUAGAGUAAGAUGGGAUCGUGUGUCAUCAUUCGGACCAAAAGUUGCAAGAAGGCCAACAUGAUUAGAAAAUAUUCUCUUCGAUCUCAAGAUAACAUCCAAUUUUACGCACACAGGUGGUAAAGAUAUUGUGUUCGGUAAUUAUGGUCCAGCUUGGAAGUUUCAUCGGAAACUCUUCAUUACCGCCUUACGCCAGUACCUUUCCGAUGCAACAUUAAUUGAAAGGCGGGUCUCAACACAGGCAGAGAAACUUGUCAAGUUCAUGGACGAUCAAAGUGGAAAACCUUUCGAUCCUGCAGACUGCCUGCAGCACGCUGUUGCUAAUGUCAUUUGUGGUAUAACGUUUGGGGAAGGCUAUGACACAACAGAUCCAAGAUUGAACAAGUUACUAAAACUUAACGUAGACCUUGUGGCAGAUACUGAGAGUAAUCAGCUGAUUCUCAUGAUGGAUUUCUUUCCAUUUGCAAGGUACUUACCCCUCAAGGCUUAUGAUAAACUUCUUCAGCCCAUAUAUGAAAUAUACGAUAUUAUCCGCGUAUUCCUGAGCCAGAAAAAAGAAAGUUUUGACGCAGAAGAACCCGUUAAAGAUUUAAUCACCGGACUACUGCAUGCCAAACACCAAGCUGAGUUGGAGAGUGAUGAAGUAAAAGACGCCUUUCUUUCCGAUGACUACCUAGUCAACACUAUCGAAGACAUGUUUGCUGCUGGCUAUGAGACUACGAGCACCACGAUGAAAUGGGUGAUAGCCUUCCUGGUGAACAACCCAAAGUACCAGGAGGAUAUUCAACACCAGUUGGAUGAGGUACUUGGUGAACGAAGUCCCUCUCUCGAAGAUCGUCCUAAUCUGCCCCUGAUUCACGCAACCAUCAUAGAAACGCUACGACUUGGAAAUGUAGUGCCUCUUGCCGUGCCUCACCUCACUCUUAUCGACACCACAAUGUGUGGCUACCGUGUUCCGAAAGAUACGAUCGUUUUCGCCGAUACAGAGUCUGUCCAUCUGAAUCCCCAGUGUUGGGAAAACCCCACUAUGUUUAAUCCUUACCGUCAUAUCGACGAGAAUGGCAAGCUAAUCACCAACCAAGGCAACUUCUACCCUUUUGGAGCUGGACGACGGGUGUGUGCAGGCGAACCACUGGCUAAAAUUGAGCUGUUCUUGUUUCUGUCGUGGAUGUUCCAGAAGUUUAGUAUUGUCGCUGAAGAAGAGGGUCAUCCUCCGAGCUUGAAGAGAGAAUUUAGCGGCACUCAGUUUCCAUCUCCAUACAAGAUCCGCGCCGUCAAAAGGAAAUGAGCAGGCGCUUUCAACCAUCGUUGAUAUGAUUACGCCAUUUCUCUAGCUCGCGAUUUUUUUUAUAACAGACCAGUUUUUGUGUAUAUCGUUUCAAAGCCGAAAGCCUUUAGUAAUUCUUUAGCAAUGUACACCUGGGCGAUUGUGGUUUACUCACCCUUGUAACGUGAAAAUAAUAUUCUACUCAGUUUUGGAUUUGAAUUGUAACCAACUUCAUUGUAAAUCUAUUAUUUUGUCGGGAAGUUCCUUACAAUUUUUAUAUUGGUGCUUUAGUUUUGUUUUGCCGUAUCUUAAUUUGGGCUGUAUGAAGAUUCAGAUUGACAGUGACUUUUUAAAACCGGAGUCAAAAUUUCGAAGGAGCUUUCUUAAAAUGCUAGAUCUGCUUUACAUGACUCAGCGUGAUUCGGUAGCUAAGUUUGACUUGAUAACGUUGGACAUAGAUUGACAGCCUAGUUACUUUCACCUGAUGAACAUCAAUGUCUAUACAAUCCAAGAAUGAAUAAGUCUUUUAAGCGUAGUUGUGUUGUAGUUUAUUCGUGAAGUAAUGAGGAGGAUAAACCCAGAUAAAGUUUUCUUUAAACAAUCAACGAACACCUGUGAAAUGCCAAAUAUACCUGCAGUGAGGCAAAGUGUGCAUACUGUUAAAAGCACGAACAAUCAUAUCAUAGCCUAAGUAAUUAAUCCAGCACCAGACUUCAGAGAUAGCUUUUAGAACUGAAAUGACGUGAUAAUCACAUGGCCGAAAUAUCCUCUUCCUUGAUUUAAAAUAAAAAUAAAAAAAAUUGUAUUUUGCC